GCUUAUUCUGUUUUAGGUUAGGUUUUCUUUGUCAAAAUGUCGAAAGCCUAUGAUUUAGGUCCUUCUGAAAUUAAAGUUUUAGAAGCAAAAGCUCAAAGGAGGGCAGAUUUGCGACAACAAUUCUUAAAACUAAAAUCAAAUCCUUUUAUCCAUGCAUCCGGAGAGGGUGGCACAGUGUUUGAUCCGGCCAUGCUAAGGUAUCAAGCUCUGCAGGUCAGUGGUGUGAAUCACUUUAAAGCAAACAGAAAAACUGGUUUCUAUGGUUUAGUCGGUUUUUGCUUACCCUUAGCAGGAUAUUUCUACCUUAUGAAUAGCACCAAGUUGAAUCAAGAAGCAAAACUAAGAAGAGGUGAAGUAGCAUACAAGGAUCGUAACUUCAAAUUUAUUUAAACUGUGCAUAUUUUUUUAACCUAUUAGGGGAACUAAAAACAUUGUAGUAAUUUUUAAGUGUAAAUAUAAACUGUAAAUCAAUA